GUCUGGCUCGACAGCGGGUAUUGGGUCACCAGGUAUGACAGCGGGCACUGGGUCACCAGGCAUCAGGUCAUUUGGCUCGCCAGCGGGCACCGCGUCAUCUGGCAAGGCAGUGGGCACCGAGUCACCAGGCACGACAGCGGGCUCUGAGUCAAUUGGCACGACAGCGGGCACCGGAUCAGGUACCGGAUCGUCUGGAUCAACAGCGGGCAUCGAGUCAACUGGCCUAAUAGGAUCAUCAGGCUGGAUCAGUUCAUCAGGCUGGAUCAGUUCAUCAGGCUGAGUAGAGGCUUCAGGCCGAGUAGAGGCAUCAGGCCGAGUAGAAGCACCAGGCUGA